AUGUGGCGCCGCUCGCUGUCACUGCGCACAAAGUUACAGACGCUCAAGCGGCAACCGGUCGCCGCGCAUUCGCGCUUCCUGUCGUCCGUCGGGCUCACACCAGAGGAGCAGGAGAUGCUCAAUGAGCCACGUGAGGCCAUGGACUACGACGUGUUGCUGGUGGGCGCCGGUCCUGCGAGUCUCGCGGCCGCGAUCCGCAUGAGGCAGCUCUCGGCCGAGAAGGGCACGGAUCUGUCCGUGUGCGUGGUCGAGAAGGGCGCCGAGGUGGGCUCGCACAUCGUGUCAGGUAAUGUGUUCGAGCCACGCGCGCUAGACGAGUUGCUGCCCGAUUGGAAGGAUCUGGGCGCCCCUCUGGACACGCCCGUGACCAAAGACAAGUUCCUGCUGCUCACCGAGGACAAGUCGCUUGGUCUGCCGCACUUCUUAUUGCCUCGUGAGGAGCACAACGAAGGCAACUACAUCAUCAGUCUGAGCAAGUUCGUUCGCUGGAUGGGCGAGCAGGCCGAGGAGGCUGGUGUCGAGAUCUACCCGGGCUUCUCAGCGUCCGAAGUGCUGUACCGUGAGGAUGGCUCUGUGGGCGGCAUCGCCACACGCGAUGUAGGCGUUGGCAAGGACGGCAAGCCCAAGGGAACUUUUGCUCGCGGCAUGGAACUCCGUGCUCGUGUUACGCUCUUUGGUGAGGGUUGCCGUGGCUCUUGCAGUGAGGAGGUGAUGGAGAAGUACAACUUACGCGAAGGUGUGCAGCCCCAGACGUAUGGUCUCGGCGUGAAGGAGGUGUGGCGUAUCCCUAAGGAGAAGCACCAGGCUGGCCUUGUUCAGCACACACUCGGCUGGCCGUUGCAGCAAUCGGUGAUGGACAAGACUUUCGGCGGCUCGUUCAUGUACCACAUGGAGGACGAUCUGGUGCAGAUCGGUGUGGUUGUUGGUCUGGACUACGAGAAUCCGUAUAUCAACCCGUACGAGGAGUUCCAGCGGUUUAAGACUCAUCCAGCGAUCCGAAAGUAUCUGGAGGGCGGUGAAUGCGUCCAGUACGGUGCUCGUUGCCUGAACGAAGGCGGCUACCACGCUAUCCCGAAGCUGACGUUCCCUGGUGGUGGUUUGAUUGGUUGCUCGGCUGGUUUCCUGAACGGCGUGAAGAUCAAGGGCACCCACACUGCUAUGAAGUCGGGUAUGCUUGCUGCUGAGGCUGCUUAUGAGGCUCUAACCGCCACUGGUGCGGAUACCGUCGCUGAGACGGCGGAGAUCAACGCUGAGGAACCUGCUAUUGACAUCUCGAGCUACGAAGCUGCAGUGGAAGAUUCAUGGAUUGCCGAGGAGCUCAAGGCUGUUCGUAAUGUACACGCUGGUUUCCACAAGGGGUUCCUACCUGGGCUGCUGCACGCUGGAGUGGCGACGCACGUCCUCAGAGGAAAGGAGCCGUGGACUCUUCCGAACACCGAGCCAGACUCGGCCAAGACGCGUCCGGCAAAGGAUUUCACACCCAUUGAGUACCCGAAACCGGACGGCGAGUUGACAUUCGACCUGCUCUCUAAUCUGCAACGCAGCGGUACCAACCACAACCACGACCAGCCAGCUCAUCUGCGUAUUAAACCGGAGCACACGGAGGUUCCCUCGAAGGAAUCGUUCCCGGUGUACGCUGGCCUAGAGCAGCGGUUUUGUCCUGCCCGCGUCUACGAAUACACUGACGGCAGCGAAGCCAAUGGCGUCCCGCAGCUUGUGAUCAACGCCCAGAACUGCGUCCACUGCAAAUGCUGCUCUAUCAAGAUGCCCAAGGAGUACAUUAACUGGACUGUCCCUGAAGGCGGAGGCGGCCCUGCUUAUGAACUCAUGUAAGGACCUUUUGAAGUAACACUUUCGGUCUAGGGGCUUGAAGUAGUAAAUAUUCAAUCAAAGAUACGAUUGGUACGACGAAUCGUCGCGCGAGGUGGAAAUGUAUUGGUCUAAAUGUUUAUGACCACGCUUGGAGCCAACGAGGGCAGCAUUGAGUACAGCUCGGUUCAGGGGGGGCAUCAGUGGGAAAUAACGGAUGGAGAAAAAGUCAUGCUGGAGUACCUGGUCGAUGCGGAGGAUGGCGUACAGCAGUCUGUUACCGUCCCACUAUGCUGUCGCACCACCGAAGGCGAGCACCGCUGCCAAGGCCAGCGAUAGUCAAGUCGAAGGACGAACUAUAGAGAUGAAAGGAGAAACUUGGUUCGUACUGCGUGUGUCCUCUUUACGAAAAGUGUGCAUCUAUUUGAAUGA